GAUUUGAUAUUGGUUUUCGUAUAUAACAUUUUAAGAACCGUUCGAAUAUAUAGGCUAUGUCUAAUAGAGUAUGAGAUUUUUAUUUUCGGGUCAAUUUCGUGUCGGGUUUUUGGGUACAAAUAAUCUUGAUUAAUUAUAUUAGGUAACUAUUAAGAAAAUAUAAUAUGUUACUAAUUUUAAGAAUAAAAUUUAAAAAUAAUUUCCGAAGUCAUAUAGUAAAAUCUUUGGACUAAACUUAUAUCUAAUUUAAUAAAAUAGAUAAUUUUUGGUCACUUUAGCCGUAUGAAAUCAAAGCUUCAGGUGGGAAUCAAUUUCCUGGGUGAUUCUUCAAUAACUAUGUUGCAUUAUCACUUCUGGGCUAUGACCCAAAAACACUAUAGUCCCAUGGGCUUAUACGUUCUUUCCUUUCACACUAGACACUCUCUACUCUGCGUCAGUCAUCGUCUUCACCACUUGUAAACCCUCGUUUCACGUUCCAUGCCUUAUUCUCUCUAAAGUGAUGUUCUGUUCUUGAAACUAGAUGGUUCCAUGUCUUCUCUUAGUGAAAGCCUCUGACUUUUCCAUAUCUCUGCUUGUAAGCCAUAUCUCCAGCAAUCUCUUCUCUUCUCACUGAAAAACCCUAACUUUAAAUUGGGCUUGGCGUUUGCAACAAGGGAUUGUGAUGGAUCUUGUCAGCAGUUUACCAGACGAGCUUCUUUGUCAUAUAGUGUCCUUCCUUCCGACAAAGAAUGCUGUUUUGACUUCGGUUCUCUCAAAGAGAUGGCUCAAUGUUUGGAAACCUGUUACCAAUCUUGACAUUGAUGACUCUGUCUUUCUUCAUCCUGAAGCUGGUAAACGGUACAGAGAAGAUAUUCAAGAGAGCUUCAUCCGGUUUGUGGACAGUGUACUUGCUAUGCGAGGUCAGUCUCCUAUCAAGAGUUUCUCCCUCAAGUGUGUAACUGUUGUCCAUCCAGAUGCUGUCCAUCGUUGGAUAUGUAAUGUGCUGCAGCGUGGUGUUUCGGACCUCGAUCUUCACACUAGUUUCUCCGUGGAGAAUCUGUAUGCUCUGCCUGAGGAGAUGUUCUUCAGUAGUACAUUAGCUAAGCUGAAACUAAGAAAUCAAAGCUACCUUUAUUGGGAUAAGUCUUCCUUACCAAUGCUUAAAAGUCUUGAUAUUGGGUCUGCGUCGAUUAUUUUUUCGGGCAAGUUUGAGGAAAUUAUUCCUUCUUUCCCUGUGCUUGAGGAACUACGAAUAGGUAAUACGGCAUGGGAUGAGUUGGAUGUAACUGUGUCAAGUGCGAGCCUGAGGAAGCUAAGUCUCGACUGCUCCGGUUGUAGAGGUUUUGUAAAUCCAAGGAGUGUUUCUUUUGAUACUCCAAAUCUGGUCUCCUUAGAGUACUAUGACUUAGUUGCGGAGGACUAUCCAUUGGUUAAUAUGGGAAAGUUAUUGGAGGCUAGAAUCUGCCUGAUGAUAACUGAUGAUCAGGUCAAGCGAGUAAGAGAGCCAAACAAUGAUUUGUUAGAGGCUGAUGAUGAGGUUCUCAAAUUUGGCAAUGUUGUGAAGCUCUUUUCUGGCAUAAAAAAUGUUCAGAAGCUUACCUUACCAUCUGAUAGUCUCGUGGUGCUUUCUCUAUGCACUGAGUCGAUGCCAGUGUUCAGCAACCUCAAAUUCUUAGGUGUUUGGAGUGUGGAGAGUCGAGGAUGGCAAGCUGUGCCUGCUCUUCUAAGGAACUGCUCACAUUUAGAAACUAUAACCAUGGAGGGCCUAGUACACUCUGUAACAGAUAGAUGUGAGGAUACUUGUCCCUGCAUUGUUCAGGGAGACAAAGGUCGUUCACUCAGGUCUUGUCCAGUGAAUAGGUUGGAGAUUAGAGGAUUCCUAGGAACAAAGAAAGAGAUGGCCAUGAUAAAGCAUUUCUUGGCCUACUUUCCGUGUUUGAAGAGGCUGGACGUCUUUACUGAACACAUUUUGCCUAUGCAGAUUAGAAACCCUCAAGUGUAUAGACGUAUGAAAGAGAUGUUCAAAGUGUACAACACUGUUGUAACAACAGGUUGUCGCCGAGUUGCAGUGUCCAGCUCCGGUGAGUGAUCUCUUAGAUAGGAAGUGGACAGCACAAGGACAUAUUUGAGUUUGACCAACCAAUCAGUGAUCUUGACACAUGUUGAAGUAUGUACGUUACGUUUUUGUAAACUGAGGUUUAAUCCAUGGUUUUGCUCCACC